UUUGUCUUCACAUAUAGCUCUCAUUGUUUGUAGCUGCAUUUGGCUGUUGUCAGCUGUCUGUUUUGAUGUACGUCAGUACUCCACCAUUUAUGUGAAAGAGGAGUAGUGCUCUCAUGAACCUGUAGUAGUGCUGCCCUGUAUCCUUUCUGUUCAGGUUGUAAGCUGUCAGUUUUGUGCAAUUUGUUAGGAUGCCAAUUGAACUGUGAUGCAUCUUCAUAGAUGAGUGAUUGAGUGCUUUAGCUCUCUGAUUUUAGCUGAGUUGUGCUCUCUGAUAUGUGAUAUUGAUUUUGCAAUUGUAGGUUGCUUGUUGGAAUGGAUAGCUAUUUGGAAUUGUUGAGUGGGCAAAAUGUGGACAGUAAUGAGGCAUUUUGGGAUGGCAGUCAAUUUGCUAGCCCACAGGAAGAACAAGACUGUCAGGAACUCACACUUGUAGAAGGUAAUCCGUCCGUGAAACCAAGCAAGAAGAGAACAAAAAAUUUCAGUGAAAAGGAGGACAUUAUGUUGGUGUCGGCAUGGCUACAAAUCAGCAUGGAUGUUGUACAUGGUAAUGAACAAUCUCGUAGUACUUAUUGGCAGAGAAUUCAUGAGUGCUUUCAUCAGCAUAAGGACUUCCACUCUGAUCGUACCUGUAAUUCUCUCAUGCACCGUUGGUCUGCGGUACAAGAAAGUGUGAACAAGUUUUAUGGCUGUUUUGCUCAGAUUCAAAAUAGAAGGCAAAGUGGGCUCACAGAGCAAGAUAAGGUGCAACAAGCAUGUGAGGUGUACAAGUCCAAAGAAAAGAAUGGAAAAUCGUUUGGUUUGUUGCAUUGUUGGAAUGUCUUGCAGCACGAGCAAAAGUGGAAGAAUAGGUGCUCUCAGAAAAAACAGAAGGCAUGCUCCAAUGCAAGUUCGGGACCGUCUACUCCUGGAAGCAAUGAGAGUUGUCAUGAUGCUGGAGUGGAGGGUCUUACUCCAGAUUCCCCAGAGGAAGAACAAAGGCCACCUGGUAAGAAGCGGGAGAAAGAACGGGAGCGUCGAGGUAAAAGUUCUGUCUCUUCAGGAGAUAAUCUUUACAUGGAAGCGUUGGAAAAUAUGUGGGCUAGGAAGAAAGAAGCCGAAGCCUUGAAAGAGAUUAAAAAAAAAGAGCGUAAUGAUGAGAUACUUGCUAUAGAGAAGAAAAGGCUUGAACUAGUAGAAAGAGAUAUAGAGUUACGACAAAGGAUUGAAGACGAUAAAGUGAUGAAUAUGGACCUCAGUGGUAUGAGUGAGCGACAACAACAAUACUAUAUGAGAAUGCAAGAUGAGAUCAUUGCUCGAAGGUUUGGCGCUGGCUCGAGUUGAGAUGCUUUAUUAUGUGUGGACUAUCAUGAUGUAUUGUGUACUCUUUAUUAUGUCUGGACUAUCAUGAUGUAUUGUGUACUCUUUAUUAUGUCCUUGUCUACUAUUGUUGAUCA